AUGGUGAGACGACAUACUACGGUGGCCUGGAAGUGUUUCUCCACUUGGGGUGCCAAGAGUUCCAUCAGUCCAUACAUAAAACAUUAUGAGGGCCUCGUGUACGACAGGGAGGAUCUCCACAGGAAGCACUUGCGAGCCCGCAGAGCUGCACAGUCUCAGCGACACACACUGGACUUGGAUUUCAUCGCUUUUCACAGAACGUUCCGGCUGCGUCUGAGACGAGAUGCUGGGAUGUUCUCCGGAGACUUUAAGGUGCUCAGCGAGGAUGGAGCCGCGGCGGCGGCGGCGGCGGCGGCUGACCUCUCCCACUUGUAUUCGGGGACGCUGGAGGGUGAAGACGACUCGGCGUGCCACGGAACUGUGUUGCAGGGUCAAUUCGAAGGAAGCGUUCACACAAACAACGCAACUUAUCACGUAGAAGCGGCUCACAGAUACAACAUCACUGACCACCACUCCAUCAUCUAUCGUGAGGACGACAUGGUCUUACCCACAAGAAAAACUGGAACGGAUUCUGGAUUUUGUGCUUCAGAACAUCUAAACGCACUUGCCCAGAGCCUCAAAACUGAUGAUCAGCAGGAGGCGGCAACGAGCCGUGCGCGGAGAACGGCGGACGGGGCCAAAACCAGCUGCUUGCUGCACCUCACCGCUGACCACCUCUACUUCAGCAAGUUCAAGUCUGUGGAAGCUGUUGUGGCCCAAGUGGCCUCCUACAUGCAAGCUGUCAAUGACAUCUACGACAAAGUGGAGUUCGACGGCAUCAAGCUGAUCAACUUUAAAGUCAAAUCUCUCACUGUAAUGACCAAAAAGAACACAACAGAUCCUCUGUCUCCUCUUUACAUCGGCCCAGAGAAGCUGCUGAGUCUUUACUCGGAAAAAAACUGGGGCGACUUUUGCCUGUCGUACCUGCUCACCAACCGAGAUUACAGUGGAGUGCUGGGACUGGCCUGGGAGGGCAAAGCUGGUAACUGGGGAGGAAUCUGUUCACAGUACAUCACCCUGAGUAACGGCCGCCCCUCCACCCUCAACACGGGCCUGGUCACGAUUCAGAACUACGGACAGUUCCUGCCUCCUCGGCACGUCCAGUUGACCUUCGCUCACGAACUCGGACACAGUCUCGGAUCACCGCAUGAUGAAGGAGCUAAUUGCGGCAACCUGGGCUCCUCCGGCGGGAAGGGCAGGUACCUGAUGUUCCCCCAAGCCGCAGACGAGGUGCGUGAAAACAACGACAAACUGUCCACCUGCAGCGUCGGACGCAUCGGCGAGCUGUUGCGCCUCAAGAAGGACGCCUGCUUCGUGGUCAGCGAUCAGCCCAUAUGCGGCAACCAGAUCGUGGAGGAAGGCGAGGACUGUGAUGUGGGUCACGACGACACAGAUCUUUGCUGCUACAGCGCUAAGGAGCCGGUAGGGGUGCAGUGUUACCUCAAGCCUGGCAAAAUAUGCAGUCCCAGUCAGGGUCUUUGCUGCAGUCAGGACUGCAGCUUUAAGUCAGAGGGUCAAACCUGUGAUGAAGCGACGGAUUGUCAGAAGGAGAGCGUUUGUUCAGGUCUCUCACCUCGGUGUCCUGAGCCGAGCCCCAAGGAAAACCUCACCGUCUGCAGUCAAGGGACUCGUGUGUGCCUGAACGGGGUCUGUGCAGAGUCCGUAUGUGUGAAACAUAACCUGGAGCAGUGCGACUGUCCGGGUGAUUCCAAGAAGCAGAAAUGCCACGUGUGCUGCCAGCAGCCCGGUAAACCCGGGACAUGCGCCAGCACCACCUCCUCCGUGUUGUCCCGCCACUUCCAGGGAAAGGCCCUGCCGCUGGUGGGCGGGGCUCCGUGCAUGGGCAACCGAGGCUACUGCGACAAAUUCCACGUUUGCCGACUGCUGGACGCGGACGGCCCCCUCGCCAGACUGAAGAACUCCUUCCUCAACCUCGAUGAAUUUGAAGACCUGGGAGAGUGGAUGAAGGCUCACUGGUGGGCCAUUUUGUUGGCUAUCCUGACACUGUCUGCAGUAAUGGGCUGCACCGUCUGUCUCUGUGGACAAACUCUGGACACCAGAAACGUGGAGUGACACGCCUUGAAGAUGUUUUUAAACAUAUUUAAUUUAUCGGGGAUUUCGUGUCCCUUUUCCAGUCACUUUCUUGGAGAUACUGCUUUCGUUGAAAUACAGAUGAAAUAUAUUAAAAUGGCUUAUUACAAAUUUACACCAUGUAUUUGCAUCUUAUUUGCAGCGUAAACUUGAACUGCUGACC